AUGCCAGAUAGAAUCAUUUUUGUCAAAACAUCUUUUGAUCAAUUCGUUAUAAAAAGUGAAAAAAGACUCUAUCGAGCAGGUGGCGUGUGGUACAAAAAUAACUGCACUCAGAAGGCGGCCUUCAUUCCUGUCCUGACUUCAAUCUUCGUCCUACUCCUGAUUGGCUCAUUCCGAAUGACAUUCUUCGGGAUUGAUGCAACAGACAAACGCAGCAGGUGUGCUCCAUCAUGGACAAAUGUGUUCAUUCAGAACACGCGUGAAGUGGUGGCCAUCCCGACCAUAACUAUCAUGGCCCUUCUGACUGUGACUUUGGUGACAAUGUUGCAACGGAGAGUCAAACAAGUCAAGAGUCGAGUGGCGGCCGCUGACACCAACAAUACUACUGUGCAGAGAUCGGACAACAAAGCUGUGACUAGAGGACUGAUGGUUUACUGCGUGUUGUAUACCGUAUUUGCGUUCGGCCAGCAAACUUUGCUCUUCAUACACAACCGGGGACUGACGUCAAAUAACUUGGUCGUGACCAUGGCUCAUAUUCUCUCUUCAGUGGGCGCAUUUGCUAGAGCAUUCAGCUACCUGGCCAUACCUACAAUGCGCAAAGCGCUCAAAAAAACUGUCAACAUCAUUUGUUCAUCCAAGUAAUUCUUCACUCAAGAAA